UCUCUCGCCGCUCGUUUCCACUUCGUCUCCUCCACCCUUCACUUCGCCGAGUCCACGCCCCCUACGAAGCCUCCGUGAAGCUUCUCCUCCAAAAUUAUUGCACACAACUGCAUUGUUUGAAAAAGAAAAAAAAGGAUAUCGAAGAUAAUCUCGCACCACUGGGGGUGGAGCAGAUCAAAUCAAUCACCCGCCCAAUCCAAUCUCCGAUCUCCGAUCCCCGAUCUGUUUCAGAGGGCCAAAAUUAGGGUUUUUCUCUUGCAAUCGGAGUGCCACUGCUGUUUGAUAUGUCGUCGCAUUUGCAGGAUAGCGCUUAUUUUGAACAUUGAAUCGAUCAUUGCUAUUAACCUGAAGUUAUGACUCACCAGGAGGGGAAAUUUGUGAGGUUUCAGGAUUGGAGUUCAGAGCAAUCAGUGAGUUCAGACCGGCUAGCUUCAGGAAGCAGGCAGAGGAGAUUUGCUUCGUUAACAGAUGUUCUGAGAAGAGGAAUUGAAUGGUUCAGAAAUAUUCUGCACUAUCAACCCGUAGAUAAUUCAUCUCCGGAUGAAGCAAAGUCGAGGAAAAAAGCACUUGAUCCUCAAGGACCGUUUCUACAGAAAUGGAAUAAGAUAUUCGUUUUAUCCUGUGUAAUUGCAGUGUCCGUGGACCCCUUAUUCUUUUAUAUCCCAUUUGUUGACAGUGAUAGAAACUGCUUCGAUCUGGACAGAAAGUUGGAAAUCACAGCAAGCGUCCUGCGCUUCUUCACAGAUAUCUUCUAUAUUCUCCAUAUCAUUUUUCAGUUCCAGACGGGUUUUAUAGCCCCUUCGUCUAGAGUGUUUGGUAGGGGUGUCUUGGUUGAGGAUCCAGCAGCAAUAGCAAAACGAUAUAUCUCGUCAUACUUUAUUAUUGAUAUUUUUGCUGUGCUUCCACUCCCUCAGGUGAUUAUAUUGAUCGUGUUUCCCAAACUGCAAGGGUCAGAAGAACUCCUGAACGCCAAAAAUGUGUUGAUGUUCAUAGUUAUAUUCCAAUAUCUACCCCGUCUAGUUAGGAUCAUACCAUUGUAUCUUGAAAUUACAAGGUCUGCUGGCAUAAUCGCUGAAACAGCAUGGACUGGGGCUGCCUUUAACCUUCUACUUUAUAUGCUCGCAAGUCAUGUACUCGGAGCAUUGUGGUAUUUGCUUUCUAUCCAACGAGAAGAUACAUGCUGGAGAGAAGCAUGUGGUCAGAAUAAUUGUGAUAUUGCAUCUUUAUACUGCGGAGCAUAUAAAGGACAGAAUAACACUUUUUUGGCGGCUAUGUGCCCUAUAAAUACACCUAAUGUAUCAUUGUUUAACUUUGGGAUAUAUCAACCAGCACUUCAAAAUGUUGUCCAGUCAACAACUUUUUUUGAGAAGUUGUUUUACUGCUUUUGGUGGGGCCUCCAGAACUUGAGUUCUCUUGGGCAAAACCUAAGGACAAGCACUUACACGUGGGAGAACUUGUUUGCAGUUUUUAUCUCUAUAUCGGCCUUAAUUCUUUUUGCGCUUCUCAUUGGCAAUAUGCAGACUUAUCUGCAGUCCACGUCCGUAAGAAUUGAAGAGAUGAGAAUAAAAAGGCGAGAUGCAGAGCAAUGGAUGUCCCACAGACUGCUUCCUGAGAGCAUAAAGGAGCGUAUACGUCGCCAUGAACAAUAUAGAUGGCAAGAAACAAGAGGGGUGGAUGAAGAACACCUCCUUCUGAACCUUCCAAAAGACCUUAGACGGGACAUUAAGCGUCAUCUUUGUCUAUCCCUGCUCAUGAGGGUCCCAAUGUUUGAAAAGAUGGAUGAUCAACUCCUUGAUGCGAUGUGCGACCGCCUAAAACCAGUCCUAUACACCGAACAUAGCUGCAUCAUUCGCGAAGGAGACCCAGUAAAUGAAAUGCUUUUCAUCAUGCGAGGGAAUUUAGAGAGCAUGACCACGAACGGUGGGAGGACUGGCUUCUUCAACUCCGACAUACUAAAAGCUGGAGAUUUCUGCGGAGAAGAGCUUCUCACAUGGGCCCUUGACCCCCACUCAUACUCCAGCCUCCCUAGCUCGACAAGGACAGUGAAGACAUUAUCGGAGGUCGAAGCUUUUGCCCUAAUGGCCGAUGACCUAAAAUUCGUCGCAACUCAGUUCCGAAGGCUACACAGUAAACAGCUCCAACAUACAUUUAGGCUCUACUCACAGCAGUGGAGGACGUGGGCCGCUUGCUUUAUACAGGCGGCAUGGAGAAGGUAUUCAAGAAAGAAGCUCGAGGAGGCUUUACACGAAAGAGAGAAGAGGUUGCAGGCUGCCAUAGUGAGUGGGGGAGAGAUUUCUUUGAGCUUUGGUGCGGCGUUGUAUGCUUCGAGGUUCGCAGGGAAUAUGCUAAGAACUCUAAGGAGAAAUAGGACACGGAAGGCCCGGUUGCAGGAGAGGCUCCCCGCAAUGCUGCUGCAGAAACCAGCCGAGCCCGAUUUCUUUUCUGAAAAGCAGUAAUCCGACAUCAAGCUAUGAAUGUUUCUAGUAGUAAAUUAUUUUGCUUCAGGAUUAUUUUUUUUGUGAUUAGUUUGUGUAACUUCCAGCAGAAUCAACUGAUGUUGUUGUAUAUAGAAAAAUCACCGGAGAAAAAUCACCGGAAUCGGAACUUGUGCUGUUGUUUAAUUUUGCGGCUCAUGGUGGAAUACACUACAAUGUUGUAUGAUUAGACAAAGGUUCCAGUACAGGAGAUUGAACCGAAAAGUUAUCAUCAAUUUAUUGAGUUAUGUUACACUGAUAA